AUGACUUCUACCUCGUCCAAGGUUGUCAUUAUUGGAGCUGGUAUUGUUGGAGUCAAUGUAGCCGAUGAACUGGUCUCGAGAGGAUGGAAUGACAUUACAGUCAUUGAACAAGGACCUCUGAACAUGCCUGGAGGCUCAACCUCCCAUGCCCCUGGCCUGGUUUUCCAGGUUAAUAGUUCCAAGACCCUGACCUCAUUUGCGACAUACACUGUCAGCAAGUUGCUGUCGCUUGAUUGUUUUAACCAGGUUGGUGGCCUCGAGAUUGCUACGACACUUGAGAGACUUGAAGAUUUGAAGAGAAAGCACGGAUGGGCCUCAUCGUUGGGCAUCGAAACCAGAAUUUUAGGCCCAGAGGAGUGUCGAAUAAAAUAUCCCCUUUUAAAAGAGGAUGGGAUUCUCGGUGGUCUUCAUAUCCCCUCUGAUGGCCUGGCUCUUGCUGCACAUUCGGUUCAAUUGCUCAUGGAGCGGACACGCAGGGCCGGAGUUCGCUAUUUCGGCCAAACAUUGGUCACAGGAAUCCAGCAGGCCAAUGGUCGUACCACUGGGGUUAUGACCAAGGGUGGUUUAGUAUUUCCUGCUGAUAUUGUUGUCUCUGCCGCUGGUUUCUGGGGUGCAAAAAUUGGUGCUAUGGUAGGCCUUCCCGUGCCUCUGCUGCCAAUGGCACAUCAAUACGUCAAGACUACACCCGUAGCAGCACAGGCCGGUAAGAAUUCCCUGCCCAACGGAGCUCAGCUACCAAUCCUGCGUUACCAGGAUAAAGACCUCUACUAUCGUGAGCUCGGUGACUGCUUUGGCAUCGGCUACUACGGCCAUGAUCCUAAGCCUGUUGAUGUUUCUACUCUUGGGGAAACUCCUCCGGUUGUCACGCAGCAACGUAUGCCUUCACGUCUAUCGUUUAGUGCCACAGAGUUCGAACCUGCAUGGGAACUGACCACGGAUCUCUUGCCUGCUCUGAAAAAUAGCUAUAUUGCCGAUGGCUUUGAUGGCGUUCUUUCUUUUACACCUGAUGGCAGCCCUCUUAUAGGCCAAGCCCCCCACAUAGAUGGGUUUUGGGUUGCUGAAGCCGUAUGGGUCACGCAUUCAGCUGGAGUUGCUCGCGCCUUGGCCGAGAUUCUUACAAAUGGUCGAUCAGAGCUGGAUCUUUCCUCUUGCGAUAUUGCAAGGUUCGAAGAAGCACAGCUUAGCGAAUGCUAUAUCAAAAACACAGCUUCUCAAGACUUCGUCCAAGUUUACGACAUUGUUCAUCCGUUUCGGCCGCGCGAGUCUCCACGAGGACUACGUUGUAGUCCGUUCCAUGAGAGGCAAAAGGACCUUGGCGCGGUUUUCCUAGAGACCGGUGGCUGGGAGCGUCCCGAGUGGUUCGAGGCCAACAAAGAACUCGUGGCACAAUUGCCCUCGAGUUGGGCACCUAGAGACCGCGACACCUGGUCUUCUCGGCACUAUUCCCCAGUCGUGGCCGCCGAGGCUUACAAAACGCGCACGUCCGCAGGCUUGUAUGACUUGACUUCUUCACGACGAAUUGAAGUCGCUGGCCCCGGUGCGGCCGAAUUCCUAGAACGUCUGACUACAAAUGCCGUGUCUGAUCUUGGAAAAGUUGUCCACACAUUGCUACUUGAUGCCAUGGGCGGUAUUCGAAGCGACCUUACUCUUUCAAGGUUGCACGAGGAUUAUUUUCAGGUCGGCGCUAACAGCCCUAUCGACCUCGCCUAUUUCACCAGAGAGGCACGUGAACAGAGUAAACUUUCACCUAGAAAGUUCGUUUCUAUUAAAGAUAUCACCGGAGGAACCUGUGCACUCGGCCUUUGGGGCCCGAGUGCCCUCGAUAUAAUAACUUCAGUCACUGAUGAUGACCUAUCUAAUCAGGCCUUACCCCCGAAUGGGAUUAAGAAAAUUUUCAUUGCUGGUAUCGCAGUCCUUGCCAUCAACAUCUCUUGGGUCGGUGAGCGGGGAUGGGAGCUACACACAAGUGCUGAAUUCGGUCGGCAUGUUUGGGAUUCUCUUUGGAAAGCUGGCCAGACUUAUGACUUGGUCGCUGCUGGCCGCGCUGCCUUCUACUCUCUACGUCUUGAGAAGGGCGUACGUCUCUGGGGCAUUGAUUUCACUACAGAGAAAGAUCCUUUUGAGGCUGGCCUAGAGCACCUUGUUCAGCCUGGUAAAGUUGAAUUCGUUGGUCAUUCUGCGAUUCAAGGUCGUUCUAGGACCAGUGCUUCUAGUAGAUUGCGUUCAUUGACUGUGGAUGAUGGGAAGUCUAUGAUUCUGGGCAACGAACCUGUCUAUGUCGACGGUAGGGUCGUUGGGUAUAUUACUACAGCAGCCUUUGGUUUCUCUAUAGGCAGACCUGUAGCUCUGGCCUAUCUUCCCAGCGCUAUGAAAGAGGGCGAUGCCGUGGACGUUGAAUAUUUUGGUCGGAGCGUGAAAGCGACCGUCACUUCCGAUCCUGUCUUCGAUCCAGAGAACAGCAGACUUCAAACUCUCCAGCGUCAGGCGAAGCUAUAA